CCAGCCUGGUCUACUUGUCAAGUUCCGGGGCAGUCAACCACAGGCAGACCUUGUCUCAGAAUGGGAGUUAGGGAAAAGGAAGAGAAAGAGGAGACUAGGCAAGGUGUGGUGGUUACAAAUCUUAGCAUCUCAGUAGGAAGGAUACAAAGACAAGAGGAUCAGUAAUUAAAGGUCAUCCUGUGCUAUAUUAGUUUGUGACCAGGCUGGUAUACAUGAUAUGCCACCCACACAAAGACAAUAGACACCUCAAGUCAAGACUGAUUCUUUUUUUUAUUUUUAAAAGCCUUCAAUGGUCACUCUCCCCCAGAUAGUUCUUGGUAGCAAGAGGAAUUAAACAAGCCUUACAGACUCUACAGAUCCCACGACUGCAUCCAGGGAGGGGAAAAGGGAAACGGCCCAGUACCAGUCAGCCGCUGCUCCAGUGCUGUGAGGGGGGAGUAGAGGCAAACCCUGGUCAUCAGUGGAUCAGUAGUCCUUUUGUGCAAAUGUCUGGCAGGGGUGACGUGGGGCCACUCCUCUGGGCACAGCUGUGGUAAUGCCCGGAUGGAGGUAGGGCCUGGGCAGUAGUGCCCUCCUAGAUCCUCCCGACAUGCAGCCUGGGGACCUCUGCUUGGCCUAACCCUACUUCCAGGGACUCUGUCCCCAGAAACCACAAAGAUGGCCAGUUUGUGGAGCUUUUCUCUGUCUAGCUGCCUCCUCUCCCUGCUGCUCCUCCUCCAGCUGUUCUCCAGCUGUACAGGACAGUUCAGAGUGAUAGGACCGGCGCAUCCCAUCCGGGCUUUGGUUGGGGAUGAAGCAGAACUGCCUUGCCGCAUAUCUCCCGGGAAGAAUGCCACAGGCAUGGAGGUGGGGUGGUACCGCCCUCCGUUCUCUAGAGUGGUUCACCUCUACCGAAACGGCAAAGACCAAGACGCAGAGCAGGCACCUGAAUACAGGGGACGCACAGAACUUCUGAAAGAUAAUAUCGGCGAGGGAAAGGUUACCCUCAGGAUCCAGAACGUGAGGUUCUCGGACGAAGGAGGCUUCACCUGCUUCUUCAGAGACCACUCUUACCAAGAGGAGGCAGCUAUGGAGCUGAAAGUGGAAGAUCCCUUCUACUGGAUCAACCCCGGGGUCCUGCUGCUGAUCGCACUUCUGCCUGCACUCCUCCUGCAGAUCUCUGUGGGCGUUGUCUUCCUCUUUCUGCAGCACAGACUCAGAGGAAAACUUCGAGCAGAAGUUGAGAACCUCCAUCGGACUUUUGAUCCUCACUUCCUGAGGGUGCCGUGCUGGAAGGUCACUCUGUUUGUUAUUGUACCUGUUCUUGGACCCCUGGUUGCCUUGAUCAUCUGCUACAACUGGCUGCACCGAAGACUAGCAGGACAGUUUCUCGAAGAGCUAAGAAACCCCUUUUGAGUGAUGGUGCCACUUUCUGGAAUGAACAGGAGCCUUGCAGACCCCCAGAGAGGGGUCGUUGGGGACGUCUCUCAUUAGCCUCUGUGCCACAGGCACUUUCCAAUCUACAUCUACAGAAACACCCUGGAUUCCAAAUACAAUUUGAUUUCCCUUCUUCAACUAUUUUCCUUUCCUCAGCUCCUUCCUUCCUCUAGUUUUUGCCUCCCACAUCUUUUUGCCCCUGUCUCAGUCUUCCUCCAGGAAGUACCCACAGCUGAGGGCAGGCAGUCUUUCAGAAGACACCUGUGUAUCAGAGUAAUGCAGGAGCGAUUCUGUCAAACAGGACAUCCAGCACCUCUGCAUUAGAAACUACGACUGAACAAAUGGUGGAUGUUUCUCCCAAGACUGCAGCCUUGUCUGGGAAGAGCAGCAAUGUAGACAGUAGGGGGGCAGGGACAGAAGAACUCACAAUACUGGGGAAGCUAAGAGAGACAGAGCGUGAAUAUGGAGCCUGAACCCACACCUGCAGAUGGGAUCUAAAGAACUCUGAGAACAUCACCCUGCUUGGGCAGCCUGUGGAAGGGAGGACCUUGGGAAACAAGGGUUGAGAACUGGGUGCCCUGUCUUUUCCCUUCUGCUUCCCUUAGCGUCCUUUAUACGUCUGCCCCUAUUUCUCCCAUCUUCGUUCCUCUCAGAACAUGCACUGUUUAUUCAGCUAUUACUACUUGAUGGUCUACCAGACACAACAAACUAGGUGCUAAUUAAUAAUACAGUUUACUGUGCACACUUCUCUUCCUUUC